AACGACCCAGACAGUAGGAGAGUGCGGUGCGUGCCUUCUCUCUCCACAAUAUUGUCCUCUUAAACGCAAACUUCUCUUGAAAUUAACUAAGGAUUUUGCCCGAAUGCAAGAAGAACACUCCCUCGAUAACGUCUUAACAUUAGCGAAGUAACAAGUGGAUGGGAUUCGCCUGGUAGCAGUCUAGUGCUCACGCCCAAGUCCAAGAGACAAGGGUGAGAAGAUCCCCCUUUUUAAGUCCCGCCGGAUUUCCUUUGCGUAGAGAGAAAAGUCUUAAACUCUUGCAGGUUCCUGUCAUCGUAGGUGGUAUUAUGACCAUCUCUCAGAAAGAAUAUUUUGUCGUAGAUGAAGUGUACAAGCUGGUUACGGUGGGCUUGAUAUCGAGGAUCCCCAGUAGCAUACGUCUCUGGACUCUUGCAACCGUGCACUGUUGCAGAAUAAACCAGAGAAGACAUUAUUAAAUGUUAUAUAUAUGAACUGUAGUGUUUUGGGUGUGUGUUUAAAAUAGUCGAGCACGACAACAACUACUACAGCGGUUUGUCACUCGCGCCAGGAAGUGAAUGGUUUUCUGCCCAAUGUGAAAUUUAUUUGAUCUUUCAAUAACUAAGAUAAAUUCAAGUUUUAAAACCAACAGAGGCAUUAAAGUUUUAAAACCAACAGAGGCAUUACAGUUUUAAACCAACAGAGGCAUUAAAGUUUUUAAAUCAACAGAGGCAUUAAAGUUUUAAACCAACAGAGGCAUUUUAAAGUUUUAAACCAACAGGAAUAUUAGCUUUGUAAUGUAUAUCAGAACUUAUUAAUAAAUGGGAAUUGAAUAAAAUAUUUCUCACCUUGUAAACAUUUGGAUAAAAGUUUACUCUCCAGUUACGAUCAAAAUGAAGCUCCUUCCCGAAUCGUCAGGGUUUGAGGCUAUUAACAAUGCCCUGAACUUCGAAACUGUUGAUGGCAGCAUAAUGGGCAGACUGGAGAGCUACUCUUGUAAGAUGGUGGGUCAGGAGAAGGCAUUAUACAAGAGGUUCCACAGUUUCUCUGGAGUAAAUGACUUGCAGGCACUAUCGCCACCUCAGUCCAUGAUUGAAGCAUCAUCACCGCAUUCCCUUAAUAAGAGUUCGCAAAGCAGUGGAGGUGAAGAUAGUCCACUGGAAGACAAGAUCAACCGCAAGACACUCUUUUACCUGAUAUCUACCCUCAAUGCAGCAUUCUACCCAGAUUAUGAUUUCAGCAAUGCGUCUUCUCAAGAAUUUUCUCGGGAACCUUCCUUGGAGUGGGUGAUGCAUGAAGUUGAACGACAGAUGAUGGCAGUUGCCCGCUCAGAAUUCAUUUCUGUGGAAUCUGCACUUUGGGCUGCUUUGGACAGUGCUAUUUGUCUUCGGGAAUGUGAAAUUUAUAGCUAUAACCCGGAUCAGACAUCAGACCCAUACUCAGAAGAUGGCUGCCUUUGGUCGUUUAACUAUUUCUUCUACAAUCCCCGACUGAAGCGGAUUGUUUUCUUCACCUGCCGCUCUGUCUCUCAGUAUUGUGGCUCUCCUCGUGAUUCUGCAUUAAUUGGCAACUCCUGCAUGGACAUUGAGGAAGAUUAUUAAACUUGCCACCAACAUUGAAGACAUCUGUAGUAUGGAAUCACAUUUUUUUUUAUAAAUUUGUAUAGUCCAUGUAAAAAAAAUAUCAGUAUUCAGUUUGCUCUAUUUUAAAAUUAAUUUACAGCAGUGAUUAGGUGUCACUUUGUUGGCAUAAUUGUUUGUGAAAGUGUUAAUAUACUGAGAAAAUAUCUCGACUGCUUUAGUAUUGUGUUCUGGAAAAUCAACUGAACACUCAUAUUUGUUCUGCACAAACAAAAUGUGGAGUAUAAUCUUCUACAUUGAGAAUUACACUUUUUUUUCCAUAAAGUGGCUCUUUGACGUAACAAAGUAUUACAGCACUUUAAGAUACAGAAAACAAGUUUUACUAAAUUAUACUGUAAUAAAAAGGGCAGAUAUUUUCCAUUACAAUUGUAUCAUCUCUGAGAAAUAAAUGAAUGUACUUAGCCAAAAAAUUAUUGAUUUACACAGGUAUAAACAUAGAUGGCACAUAUGAACAACAAACAUUUUACAAGUUGCAUGUGUGCACAGAUUUCUUAGCUUUAGUUAUACUGUAUAUUUUUAAGCCAUAUUUUGAUUCAACCUCAGUUUGUAACAAAACAUGCUAAACUGUGUACCUUAAAGGGUGAUGUAAGAAUUAUUGCAGUUCUUAAACAUUACCGUUCUGUACUUAAAAAGCAAAAUAUUGCGGAGAUAUGAGACGGUGAAGGAGAGACGAUAAAGUAGUCUAGAUAGUACCGUACCUGGGCUUGUAUAUGAAUGCUGAAAGUAGUGCAUGAUGGUCAGUUAGUUGGUUUUCUCAAUGAUUUUUAAUCAAGUUGUAUAUACCUGUCAUCCAAAGGGCUUAGGCCAGAUAAGCCUUCUUUGUGUCUUGUAGACAUCACCUCACCGAGUGGCUAACACUAUAAAUUAGCUGUAGUUCUUUGUUUUAGUUUGUACCUGGUAGAUGAGUGAUGAACGCCAUCUGAUGAAGGUGGAGCUGUGCAACUUACUUUACAAUACAUUGUGUUGCUUUCUCCAUUGUUACACACCUAGAUCUUAUGAGCAUUGUGUAUAUGUUUUGUUACGUUUUGUCAUGUAAUGAAUUAUGCUAUAUUUUUGUUAUCAGGUAAUAUAAUAAAAUGAUUUUUAUUUAAACUUGAUAUAUUUUGUAUUAAUAAUAUUAGCUUAAUGAACAUAUCUUCUGUGGCAGUGGAAAUGGAUAUUUAUGAGUGGUGGAUUAGGGCUAGUCACAAUGAGAUAAGUACAAAAAACUGUAAAAUUAUAUAAGUCUCAUGAAAAAGCUUGCUCCUACACCCCUAUUUUCUCUUAUGCAUUAUGAAGGUUUUGGCAUUCUGUACACCAGUUGAUAGGCCACUCUCCACUUUCAUGGAGCAUAUACAAAUGUUUAAUUAUUUUGAGGAUCAUUGUACCACUAUUUUGAUUAUCCAUGAAUUAUUGAAGAUAUUUUUAAGAUUUUGGAAAAAAUAAGAUAAGAGAUAAGAUAUUUUUAAGAAUUUGGAAAAAAAUAUACAUUUGAAAAUGAAAGAACGUAAGGAAUCAAAUGUAGCAAUAUUUGUCGGAAAUGGCACUGUAUAGUUACAUUGUAUGCAAAUGAAGUACAUAUCAGUGACUACAUGGUUAAAUGAGAUAAAAGCAGUUCACUGGGAUUUUCAAAGUUGGAAAAGUGGAUACAUUUCAGUAAUUUAAUUAGUAAAUGUGAUAUUGAAGUGCUUGAUAGAAUAGAUACUGAUAUAUCAGUACCUAAAUAUUGUAGGUAAGAAAGGAUAAUGACAACAGUAAAACUGUGAGUGUAGUUAAAUGGAAAACCUGGAUGAAAGCUGCAUGCUUAUAGUGGGAUUUCAUGGGAUGUGUGUGUGGGGGUGAUGUACUAAUAAUGGCAUCAUCAGAGGUUUACCGUAAAAUGUGUUCUGAAGAGAUUUGCUUAAGCUAAUCUGUUUUGUUGUGGAAGUCGGUGUUCAAGAGGUAGAAAAUAUUACAAUACAGUACUAUAUAAUUAAAAAAAUGUAAAAAAGGCCCAUUACACUUUCAUCCCAGUGAUUCCAGUUCAACUCACGUCUUUCAUUGCAUAUGCCUGCCAUAUUUUUUUAUGGAGGUUUUUGUUUUGUAUUACUGUAUGAUUUUAUUUUCAUAAUACUGUACAGUAUUUCUUAUAUAAAUCUGUAUGUAUUAUACAGUAUUAUAAUAAUUGUAAUUAUGAUUGGUAGCAAUGAAAGAAACAUGAUCAAAUUUUAGAAACCAAAAUGUUUCCCCAGUGUCUAUGUGAACUGUCUUUGAAAUGGGGAUAAGUUUUUGUGGGUGAAGGUAGAUAUAGCCUCAGUGAGUUUCAUAAACACAGCACAUAUGGAUAAUCAAGAUUCUGGCCAGGACACACAUUUUAAUGAUGGCUGGGUUCAUUUGAACUUCAGUAUUGUAUUUGUCUAUGAAAGUUUUCUUUAUUUUAUGUCAUUAGAUAAUGUACUUACACAUUUGUAAGUACAGUACCUAUAUUACGGUACGACCUUUAAUGUUUGAGUUUUUCUUUUGAGUUUUAAUAAUUCUUGCUAAUCUUUUAUUUUCAAUACAAUCACACUAAAAAAUGAUGAAUAAUAAUGCCUGUUUCAAGCAGGUUUAUUUUCAUUGUGUAUUUCCUCAACACACGAGUCCUUUAAUAAGAUUGGUGAAAUGUAUUUUUAUGUAGUUCUGUAAGAACCUUAACAACAAUAAUAAAUUUAAAAAACUCG